UAGCCCAAGGUUUUCCCAUCGAGAUCCAGGUGCCCAGGCCAUGGGGGGCGGUCGCCGCUGCCGCAAGAAUUCCCGGAGGGGAUCCCCGCCGGCGGCCGAGAUUGACGUCCUCCUGGACGAUCUUCUCGAGCUGGUGUUCCUGCGCCUCCCCUCGCCUGCCAACCUCGUCCGCGCGGCGAGCACCUGCAAGCGCUGGCGCCGCGUAAUCGCGGGCGACGGGGGCGGCCUCCUCCGCCGGUACGGCACUCUCCACGGUGCAUCCGACGACGUUGUCGGCCACUACUGCGUGGACGACUGCGACGGGCACCCGUACCGGCGUCGGCCUAGCCUUGACCCCGUCUUUGUCCCCUCCCCCUCCUCCUCUUCGCCGUGGGCCGACACCGUCGCCGCUCGGAAUCUAGCGCUCGAUUUCCUCCCGCGGGGGGAAUUCGGAGAUUCCCGCUGGGAACUCGCCGACAUCCGGGGCGGCCUCCUGCUCGUCUUCGACAGGGCAGUGGCGCCACGCCUCCUCAUCUGCGAUCCCCUGAGGCGAUGCUACAGGGAAAUCCCUCGCUCGGCGUGGUUCCACGGCUGCCACCUGCUGGGUGCUUUCCUCCUCGACGGCGAGGACGCGGACGCGGGCAUCAGCAUGUCAAACUUCAGGGUGAGCUGCAUGCUCUAUUGCUUUCGGAACCGCAACGGAUCUGUGAAUGCCAGGGCCUGUGCCUUCUCGUCCGCCGCCGGCGUCUGGGCCUCCGCCGCCGGACGUAGCAGCAUGUCAAUCAGCCCGGACAUGGAGUUGGAACCCAUCCAUUUUGCAGGGAGCGACGACGGGUCCGCCGACUGGACGGUCGGAGACAACAUUCUUCUUUCUCUGGACAAGGACGCCGCCGAGCUUACCUGUUUUCUCGUGGUGGACGACGAGGAGUACGCCGCGCUCCGGGAGAAGCGCCACCCCACGGGGUACCCGUACCAGAUGCCGUGGCCACCUACGAUCCAAGCUUGCUUGUCCUAGCUGCAUCCGUAGGCUGCGGAUAGGCCAUGGCGUCGUCCCAGGUUCUGAACUCCAUAGCACCAUGCAUAUCAUAUGUGUCUGUCUAUAGGCAUCAAGUGGCAAACAAUUUCAGAAGUUCCAUUGCGUUUGUUGUAAUCGUAUA